CGGUGCGCGUCGUCGGCGCCACUGCCAACGUCGCGCUCGCUCCCACCGGCCCGGCCCCUCGGUCGCGACGCCGACGCGCAUCGAAUCGACCCAGCCAGGGCGUGAGCUCCACGCUGCCGAUCGAGCCGGUCUCUCCACGACCGGCUCGACCGGACCCGACCCGACCGGACCGGCCUGAUAUAAGCCGGCCAUCUCGGCCGGGGCGGAGCUCAGUCCGAUCGACCGAUCCAUUCCGUUCCGUUCCCCGCUCGGAAAUCAUGGAGUUCCCGCAUCACCACCACCACGGCCACCGCCGCGACGGCGACGACGACGACGAGCGCCGCGGCCCGCCGCCACCGGCCUACGGGGGCUACGGCCAGCCGGACCCCUACGGCCGCCCGCCCGCGGAGGACCCCUACGGCCGCCACCCGCCCGCCCCGGGCUACGGCCGCGCCGAGGAGGGCUACGGCGCGCCCCCGCCGGCCUACGGCGCCCCCGCCGCCGGCGGGUACGGCAACGUCGUCCACGUCGGGCACGAGGCCGGCGGCGAGAGGCCGCACUACGGCGGUGGCGGGCCCGAGUACGGCCACGACGGCCGCCACCACCACGGCGGCGGCGGCGGCUCCGAGUACGGCCACGAGACCCGCCCGCACCACGGCGGCGGGGGCGCGCCGCCGGUCAGGCAGCAGACGCACAGGAUCUACUGCAAGGCCGGGGAGGAUCGCUACAGCCUCGCCUCCCGCGACGGGAAGGUCUGCCUCGUGCGCACCGACCGCGACGACGAAACGCAGCACUGGAUCAAGGACAUGAAGUUCAGCACCAGGGUGAAGGAUGAGGAAGGCUACCCUGCCAUGAUCCUCGUCAACAAGGCAACUGGAGAGGCUCUCAAGCAUUCCCUUGGCCAGUCACACCCUGUUCGUCUGACCCGCCAUGAUCCGAACACCCUGGAUGAGUCAGUCCUUUGGACAGAGAGCAGGGAUGUCGGUGAUGGAUUCCGCUGCAUUAGGAUGGUGAACAACAUCUACUUGAACUUUGAUGCUCUGCAUGGAGACAAGGACCACGGUGGUGUGCGCGAUGGAACCACUCUUGUGCUGUGGGAGUGGUGUGAGGGUGACAACCAGCGCUGGAAGAUUGUUCCCUGGUGAACAAGCAACUGUGUGGCUGUGCCACUCCAAGCAGCUCCUGUCUUAACAAUAAGUGAAGUAAAGUAGUACCGCGGACUCUGGAAUAAGGAGCGCCUCUGCUGGUGCCUUCGUGUGAGUACUCUUCUGCCCCAUUCCGAGUACUCUUCUGCUCCAUUCCAUUUUUCUUCUGUGUUUCUGCUUGGUUUGAACAGCGUACACUAUAAUUUGUAAUGCGCCAUAUGACUAGUGGCAGCGAUUGUAUUGUUUGAACUCAUCGUUGGUGUACAAGUGUGAUGAAUGAUGUAUGAACCUUUGCUUGAAAUAUGCUCUCCAGCAGUUCUGCUCACA